GAAAGAUUUUUCAACCCCUGCGCAUUUGGGUGCAGAAGCUCGUGAGUAUGUCCUCCGUGGCUCCCGAAGAAAGAAACAAAUGUAUGCCGCCGAAGCUGCUCCUUAAGAAUAUGUGGUUCUGUGCCGAGAUAACUCAGUCUCACGCGCGGCUCGGCGUGGCGCUGCUGCACAACCCGGCUUUGUCCUUCGAGGUCUUCGCGGAUCUAGCGGGGAUGCGGAUGGCGGAGUUGGGAGUGAACGUUGGUGUCAGCGCCAUCGAUGCUUGGGGUCCGGAGUACGCCUAUGCAUAUUUAAUGCAUCCCUACAUGGCGUCGCCCGCAAUCCCGAACAACAUUGUCGGUCACAAGGAAGGCAAGCCGUACAGUUACACUGAACCGAUUUUCCGUCACACUGCAACACGCGUGCUGCGUCGACUCAUGCGCGAAAUAGUAGAGAGCUUUGGCCCAGAAUGGCACGUUGAGGACACAACUACGACAGGAGGGGAACAAAAUAAAGGGACGAGCACGACGAAGGUCAUCAAAUGCACUGCGACCGAAAGAUUUCAUACCUUGAAAUGGGUGCAGCAGUAUUUUUAUUCUGCGGACAGUGAGGACCACGAGAGCAGGCUCGCAGACCUCGUCAAGAGUCGUGGCGGCAAGAGAUCCCAUGAAGCUGUGCAGAGCAUGCUACGUCCAGAUAAACGCGUGUCGGCAACUCGUGUAAGCAACACAGACGAUGCGGUCGGGAAGAACAAGAAAAUACAGAAGGUAUAUGAGUUUGUCGUUCCUCCGACGAAGCUCUUGAAUACGGGUUCUCAAAAUUCCCAUAAUUGCGACAACGCUUUUGAGCCUAUGGAUUACUAUACUACGCUUUCCAACUCGGGCCUCGCCGCGAGCGCGUGGGUGCACCAGCAGGCAAUUGGAAAAAAGGAUCCGAAAACUGGCGAAGAGGAGUUCGAGCGGGUUGAGGAUUCUCUCCUCAUCGAGGACGCCGACUCGUAUCAGAAUUACCCGGCUGAGAUCAGCUAUCGCGGUAUUAGUCUGGACAAAUUGUUGUUCCUGACGCAUCGGGCCCAGUUUCUGCAUUACACCUGCUGGAUUCAGAAAUUGGUAAUUACGAUUGUGAAGCACCCGAGUUUGUCGGACCACGUGGGCAGCGGCUUCUCCCCGUUCCGUCUGGGGCCGGGUGACCUUCACGCAGCGCACGUGCUGCAGCUCUUCCGCGGUGGCUACUACGGUGCCGCUGACGCGGUGUUGGAGGCCUUUGUAAAGCUGUGCGGUGGGCAACCGGCUGCCUGGAGACCGCCAACAGCGACAAAGAGGCCGAACGGGCAGUUGAACAUCGACGCCAUUAUGAGCACCGAGUACCUCGGUGACGAGUUCUGGGACAAAGGCGGAGAGCGUUACCUCUCGCUGACGCAUCUGUGCAGUGCUAUUCUUGUGGAGUUUCACCGCCCAGGUAGCGUUUGCAAGGAGCUCUUGGCAGAGUGCGCAAAAGACGCGGAUGUGCUAGCCAAGGCACCCACGAUUGAUGAGAUGCUAGCCAAGCUGACAGAAGAGGCGCCAGGCACGGCUUUGCCGGAUCAGCAGCGCGACUUCCAGCGCAUGAAGUGGGCUCAAUUUGAUGCGACCUUCUGCACUUCACUCCACUGGUUCUGCAAGGAGGAGCUACGGGGCUUGCAGAAAGUGUAUUCCUUUUGCAAGGACUGUUACGAGAAAUACGCCAAGGACAGCGCCAACAAAGUUGGAGCACCUCCAGGUGGACAACAUCUACCCAACACUCAGCAGCCGUAUCUGCAGCACCAGCCUGCUCCGCCGGGAGCUGCAUUUGCCACAAGACCUCUUUUGAUGCCAAACCACCACCAGUGGCCCCAACACCAGCCGCCGCAGCAGCAAUUUUAUCGUCAACCUCAUCCCGGCCAAGGAAUGGCACCCGCCAUCAUGAUGCCUCAUCAAGGGAUGGGACAUCCGCCUCAGAACAUACGGAUGCUGCCUCCUAACCAAAUAGCCCACAACAAUAACGGUUAUCCUCAACAAAGGCAACCACUGCCGCAACGACCUGGUGGGCAGCCUCAACAAUUCAACAAAUACUACAGCGCGCAGGAACAGCGUCCCAUGAAAAAGAAACGAUGCUGCUUUUAAGGUGUGGAGCGACUAGGGCGGGGAAAAGAUGAAUAUUUCUGCUUCAGGAGAUAUGCUCAGUAUCACUAACUAUCAUGUUGAUGUUCGAAAUAUCGACCUGUGACUCGAAAACAAGAUAUUGAGCAGCCCUGGCCCUGAGAAAGCAAGCAGAAGACCAACUCCUACAAGAACUAGCCGAAAAAGAUGAUUGAAGUACUUACUAGACUGACAGUGCUUCUCUUUUCAAAUUGUCUAUACGACGAGCCAAAGAACUCUCGAAAGUAAAAAAAAUAAUCGUCCAAUAUUGAUAGAACGGAUGGGGCAAAGACUUAUUGACUCAUAGUUUUCUUCUCCACUUUUAUUGUAGAAAUGUAGUUCAUGUCCACCAGUUGUCAUAAAAAUCUUAACGUUAAUCGUACACGAACCCAUACUUCUGAAUUGGGCUUUGGUCACAGACAUAAUUUGUUUUUGUUAAUACCGGAAUCGGAGGUACUGAUAGAUAUUAUAAUAUAGUUUUUCUUUCAUGUAGUUGAUGUUUGUAGAUAUUCUUCUCAGCAUAAUUUGAAUCUGAUGAUUUUUAGCUCUAAAAUAAAUCUUUUUUAUGUUUACGAGUGGCCAACAGUAGUCGUGUAAGAAAUUCUUCUCUGGUAGAAGAAGUACGCACGGACAUAGUUUUCUUGUUUGGUGGUUUUUGGUAUCAGAUGAAGCAUGACUCAAAUGUAAUGAUGCUUUGUGAAUAUGGUGACUUCAAUUGAAUGCAUGAUUCGGGGAAUGAAACGUCGCGCCGUUCUUGUAUAGAAGAUUUAGUGCUAGCAUUUUCGUAUCACAAUUCCAUCCGUUCUUCCAAGCUUGUGCUUGGAUAAAGUUUGAUCUGUUGAACGUGUGGCGAUGUUGGAGUUAGAGACCCAAUACGCAUACUAAUAGCGCUUCCUCUCCUUCUUCGACGUUGCUAACAACUUUAGUCUUCAGACUUUGAAACUCAUUUCCUACUACUCGUUCACUCUCCUUGCGCAGUGCUCGGAAUGUGACGACCAAAAAACAUGGACGGCUCAGCACACUUUCGUCUUUAUCAAGUACAAGAACAAGUGGUACGUGAUAAGAGGACGAGGUACAACUCAACGCAGCUAAGAAGAACAACUACUAGAGAUAAGGGUUAGUGCUGCAACACUCCCUGUGCGUCUGUGUGAUGGAGAGAAAAGGGAAAUGAAUUGAAAGCUCCGAAAAUGAUUGUACAAGCCACGACAAGAUGAGAUCUAAAGGUGGAAUAAAAUGAAGUUCAUCAUCUCGUUCUCGAGUCUUUGUCUUAGCCGUUCCUCAGGUGUGCUUGUGCUAAGUAGGCCGAUGCUGUUGCAUGACGGUAGCGCUUGAGUAAGUUUGUUGUCACUUCUUUCCUCAGUUCCGUGUCGCUGUUAGUUUAGUCAAAACCUGUGUGAGUGAGCAUCGUGACGAAAGCGAAACACUAGGACGCCGCGCGGCAGUCUGCACUGAAAACUGUGCGAGAUUAAUUGUGUUGUAUUGUAUGGCACGCGACUAAAUAGAGAACGGAGGGCGUGGUUUGUCUUGAAGAG